AUGCCACCAAAAGCCAGUAAGAAGAACUCCGCCAAGAAGCCCAACGUAGACGGAGAAGAGCCUGCCAACCCGAACUGGGAGGCGGGUCUCACCGAGGCCCAGUUUGAAGAGGACUCAUGGCGGGCCUGUGUCUCCUUCGUGGUUGGGAGAAGCCUGGAGGUUGACGAGCUGAUCCAGGCUCUGGCCCUACAGCCAUCUCAACGCAAACUAUUCACCUCGUUGACCCUGGACAGCACCAUCGCAAUGAUCCAGGAUUUGGGGAAUCCAAAAUCAAAAAGAAAAGACGAUACCCCCAUGUUCUAUGAGGUUACAGAGUCUGCAAAGCUGCUGUUGGAUGCAGGAGAAGAGAUUCCCUGUGAACUGAUGGCAAAAAUACUGAAGUUCCAGCUGCUGCAGGUCAAAACCAAUGAUCAGCAGAGGAGGGCGGCUGAGCAGGCUCUGGAAGAGAUGGCAAAGGCCGGUUCAACCCCUGUCAAGAAGGGCCCUGACAAAAAGGGAAAGGGUCCGCCUCCCACGGAGAAGAAAACCAAACUCAAACGCAGGGAAGAAGUUGAGCCAACUACAUUCAUUGAUGAUGAGCCAGACGAUGGUCCUCAGCACUACAUCCUGCUGCUGGGUUUCCACCAGCCCCACCUGAUCUGGGUCCUUGAUGCCAUUGGUGUACAUGUAGCCAAUGUCAUCAAAGUGUGUUCAGAGGAGGAACAACAAACGUCUGAGGGCAAAGAGCUGCGUCCGAGUUCAUCUCCAGUGUUGGAUGCAGACUCAGGCAGCAUGGAGCGGGCUGCACGGGCCAGGAGACUGGAUCUUUUCUGGGCAGGCCUGAGACCAGUUUUGGACAGCGUUCCACUCGACUCCAAGCUCCACAAUUUGGCUCAGCUCAGCUACACUGUUCCAGAUCUCUUACCGUCAAUCAAGCCACAGAAAACUGAUUCUCUGCUGGAAUUGGGAAGUCGAGUCUUUGACAGUGUUGCCUAUCUCAUCUAUGACUGUUUGGACUGGCGCAGGCAGCAUCAGCAAUACCUAGACAACAGCAAUUUCAUCAAUCUACCCACUGUUGUCGGUUUGGAUUUUCAGCGUAAAGAGGUACACACAUACAGUACACAUGAUAAACACACGACAAUCAGUACAGAUGCGGACAUGCGUUAUUAUAGCGACCUACUGAACCUGGUUCCACCUGAAGCUUGCUCAGUGCCCCUGAUCAUGCACUGUAUGCUGGAGCAGGUUGUGAUGUCCUCUGAGCAGUCUGACCUAGCACAGUCUCGCAUGACAAAGAAGCCCAAACCCCAUGAUGCUUCCUGGUUAGACUACGAGCUGGUCCACUACAUGCUGCAGAGCUGCCUGCCUCUGGUGCACACAGAAGAGGAGCGAGGCCAAAUGUUAGACGGCUUAGUGACGGUGGUGCAGAGUGAGGGAGAUAAGAAGAGACUAGAGGAGACGUUUGGAGCAGAGGAGGACAAGAAGAAGUCGGAUGACCCUUUGGUUAUCAGACACCAUGAUGAGAGGGCACUGCGCUUGAGGGACAUAAGUGCUGUGAAGGGUUUUGAUCCAGCUGCGGUGGAGUUGUCCAUGAUAAAGUUGAGUCCAGUUUGGGAGCUAAUCCAUUCUGUGGCUGAUCCGAGAAAGAGCAGCUCCUGCUGGAUGGCUAUCAAACAGCAGCUGCAACACUACUGCACAGAUGAUGUUGUGUCAUGGCCCCAGGUGGAGCGUCUGCUUCAUCAGAGUGUGUUUGAAACUAUGCCACUGACCAGACUGGACCAAAAUAGUGUACUACAGAAAACUGCAGGAACACAGGGAGCACUGGAACCAGCACAGCAGCAGGAGACACCCACAAUAAUCCCCUGGGACAAUCCCCAAUCAUACGCGAAACAGCUGCUUCAUAAACUAAAGACUAAAGGUCCAACAUUUCUAACUGAGGAGCCUGGUAACACAGAGCAGUUAAUUGAGAGAGUGUGUCAUCCUCUGGAGCUAUCUGACAUCCAGAGCUGUAGGCUGAGGUCUCUGUCUGACUGGCAUUACGCAGAACACCACGACCCUUCCAUCUUCCCACAGGUACUCCAGGUUGCAUCGGAGGAAUACUGCUGCCUUGACACUUUCAGAGGAAGCCACAAUAACAUCCGGUACAUUUUUUGCCACAAUCCCAAAAGUCUCCAUUACCAGUGCAAUGAAUCCUGGGAUGCAGUGCUUCACACUGAUGUCAAGUUCAGGAAGUAUCUGGAACAUGUUGCUGAUAUCAUAUUGGAUUGGACAAGAGGGGAGGAAUUAAAGAUGGAAGCAAUUCAACACAGCCUUGUUGAGUCUACAGAAGAUGAAAAGGUUAAAGAUUCUGCAGUGGAGGAGGAGACCACUUUGGAGCCUGUCAUCAGAAAAGAGUCUCUUAAAGCCUUGAAGUUGGAGCAGGACCGGCUGAUGGAGGAGGAGAUGGCCAAGAAAUUAAAGAGGGAGAAUACACCGAAAGGCAAGAAGCCGAAGGAGGAGGACAAGACGACAGACAACAAGAAUGAUGUGCCAGUUACGACCCCCAUAGAGUCCUCCACAGUGCCCCCUGGGGAGGAAAACGAGGAGCUGCAUCAGACGGAAGAACCCUUCCAUGGUUUCACAGGUUACAGCAUGGAUGGGAUGUUGAUCCAUGUGUCAGGUCGUCUCCAGCACCUUUUCCCCUCAGAUGGAGGACACAUCACUGUGGAGAAUAUCAUCUAUGUUGAAGGUUCCUGCCUAAUGAAAUUGGCUGUGAAGAAGGAUGGACAUCAUUUCUACACACACAUCAACGAGGUUGUUAUUCCUCCUGCAAGACCUUCCCGUCAGCCCCCCAAAAAAGAAACCUCUGACAAAAAGGACUGUAAAGAGCCUCGGGAGGAGAAGAGAGUGAAGCAGGGCUCCCUCACAGCGGUGCUAAACAACGGAGUUCACCUCUCAUACAGCUUCUAUGGCCCCACAGGAGAAUUCAGAGGUGUGAAUACCCAGGAAACAGACGGGUGCAUCACAGACACAACCACCCAAGUCCCUGCCCCUCUUGCUUCCUCCUCUCUGGACCUCAAGAAUACAGACCUGGAUUCAGAUCCUGUCAAUAAACAAAUCCAAUCCAGCCAGAACAGUACUCAAGUGUCCCAGGUUUCACAAAACUUGUGUGAAGCACGGCCAUCAAGUCCAUUCAACGGUGUCAACCUGUCUGUCCCUAACGGCCUCCUGCUGCAGUUUCUGAGAGAGGAUAUUCCAGGAGAGUCCUCAGAGAUGCAGGUGAGACAGAGCUUUCCUCUCCAUGGUAGGGGGGAGGUGGGGCAGCUUCUGGACCCCUCCCUCUCCAAGGAACUGUCCCGCAUUGUCACCAGCCAGGGAGCUGUGAUCCGUCACAUGAGAGAUGGGUCCACGGAGGUGCUGUUUGCAGAUGGGUCAGUCAGUUUCAGCCAGGAUGGUGGUCCAGUGUGGGUGGCUGACUCUGAGGUCAAGGAGGAAAACACUCCUAAUGAAGCUAAAGUCAACAUGAAAGAACAGAGCAAAGAGAAGGCGGCUGAUGCUCAGAGAGGUUGUUGGUUAACUACGACUCCCUCUGGGGCUCGCAUCUGCACAGUGGGGACCACACACAAACACUUACCCACCGUCCCUGUUCUCGCCUACAAGGCAACGGACUCCGUAACUCAUGAGGUGAUGCUGAGCAGGGAGGAUCUGGUGGUUUCUGUCCAGAACUCAGAUGGCUCUUCAGUUGUGGAUCAUGCAGAUGGAACCCGUAUCACCAGUCUCCACCAAGAAAAACCAUCAAACACAGAGGAGCAGCAUAAGAGUGUGACUCUUAACGAGAAAAGCAGGGACAAUGCAGGGAAAGCAUGUGGCAAGGAGGAGGAUAAUACAGAGUUGAUGGCCUGUGAGGAUGUUUGCGAUGAAAGGGAGUGUGACGAAAGUGCAUUGAGUAAGAAUGGUGUGGAGAGCGAGUUUGCAAAAGAGAAUGGUGAGACAAGCGCAUGUGAGACUGAUGAAGGUAGCGUGUCGACCAAAGAGAGAGUGAUGUUGGUGGAGAAGGAGGGCUACGCUACAGUGGUGAUGUAUCCAGAGAGACACACGGCUCACGUCUUUUUGGCUGAUGGAACUGUCAUCACUGGGAACAAGCAAGGAGCCUAUCAGGUGUUCCCACCCAACGGCCUCCUGCAGAUCCAAAGUGACGGCAAGUGUGUCUACUCCUCUGACCCACUUGUAAACCCAAGUCCGAUGGGUGAUACUCCCACAAACCAACCAGGAAGCUACACCAUGAGUCACACAGACAAAGUGGCCUGUGAUAUUACAGACGCUGAUGGGAACCACUUCCAGGUGAUGGAGGAUGGGCAGGUAUCAGUGCUGAACGUCCAUCCGGCUCUGAGCACGCUGAAACACGACGAGGAAGAGGAAGAGAAAGACAAAUAUGGAAAACAUUGUCCUAGGCUGUUUCUGGCACAUGAGGACGGCUCAGGUACUGAACUGCUGCGCUCUCAAACUGUGGAGGAGCUGCUCGACCAGGCUUACUCUGACCCUACCGUAGCAGUGCGGAAGGAACCACUGCCGGACACACAAGAUGAAUUUGGUAUUACCAUCCUCAAGCCCAGGCACCAGAGUGUGUGUUCCCAGUGGACGCUAGGGAAACAGAACCCUGACAUAACCCCUCCCAACCUCAGAAACCGCAACUGGCGUGACUUCCCUAGAAAAGAGGAGAAAAGCCUGGGUCCUGCAUUUGGUACCAACAUGGGACGAGGUCUGACUCUGAGAGAGCGGCCCGGUGGUUCUGCAGCACAGCACCAACAUGCCCACAGCUGCCCUAAAGUCCUGGAGAUGAGGGAACUGUGCCAGCACCAACCAUUUACCAGGCUGUUCAAAAAUACUAUAGAUGCACGACUGAAGGAAUACAUCGAGAGCUUGAUGGAGAGGGAUCAGCGAUCAGAAGCCAGGAAGGUCAAAGACCCUCGCACUGAUCAGGAGAGUGUCCAUGCCCGUGAUCGUCUCAAUCUGGUCCAGUCUUUCAGAGAGAAAGAGGAUACAAAUCCCACCUUUGUGAAGAGGACUUCAGUGGACAUUGGGAGUCUCUACAGCCAAGGUAUUGGAGCACAAGCUCAACAGCCGGAUAUUUCCAAAAGCUCAAGCUCGGCAGAGAGUGAGAGCUCUGUCAAUGGGAAGGAGUCAAAAUGGACUGAAAAACAUGCACAAUACAGACAGGAGCUGUGUGAGGAGAAGGCUUGUAGAGCGGCUUUGAGAAGGAAGAGCAUUGUUCCAUAUUUCCACCCAGAAAAUAUUCCACUAUACCAGCUGCAGAACCAAGCACCAGACAUGAAGGGGCUCUCCAUGGAUCUUCCACCAAUCCCUAAGUCAGACUGUGCCGAGCCCUUUCUGAAAGAUGCUCCUCAGGAAAACACCCCACGACCUUUAAACCCAACACCAUCUCAGUCUGCAAGUCGUGCAGCAGGAAGUGACAUCCUGCCUGUGAGGAGACCCACUAACCCCACACCUCAGACUGCUGGUGAAAGCAGUCAGAGGGGUUCACCUGGGCCAUAUAAGUCUGUCCAGGUGGAUGUGACUGGAGAGCCCAGGAGGACUAAAGUCAGACUACCAACCUCCAUCCUCGCCUCUAAACCCCGCAGUAUGCCAAAUCAACAGUUCCUAUCAUUGGACGAGCCACUGAGGAGGAGGUGUCGAACGAUUUCUCUGAUCAAUCCAAAUGUUGUAGUGAGGGGCUUCGUGCUCCUCCCGUCCACCAUCGACUUCGGUACAGUGCAGGAGGGCACCUCGUCAUUCAUCACUGUGGUGAUGAAGAACGUGGGAGUUGACACGUGCAGGUUUCACUUGAAACAACCUCGCGCUUCCACAGGCCUCCGUGUCAUCUACAAUCCUGGGCCUGUGGCUGCUGGGUUGCAGGUUGAACUGCAGGUUCAGCUGUUUGCCAAGUGUACAUCCCAAGAAGGAGAUGUAGAGACAAAAAAACACAUCUCCCAGGAUAUUAUCAUCCACACUGAGACAGACAUCUUCUUCCUGCCAGUCGCUGCCACCAUCCUUCCUGUGAGGUUGUACGACAUUUUUCUCCAGAACCGCACCAGUGCAAACAAAAAGAAAAGCUCCAGGGUUCUCAAGCUCUCCUCCAGUCUGCCAGAUGGUCAGGGUGUCUCACAGAGACGACCCGAUACCCACCUGACCAGUUCUGCUGCAAAACCAGGAAAUCUGAAUCGUCCAACGAGUCGAUGAGGACACCAUCUUUAUUCUGAUUUCUCAUUAUUCACAUCUUAAGAAAUCAUAAACAC